AUGCCACGAAAAUCACUCGCCAAGCGACGUCGCGAACCAAAAGUCGACGACGAGGAGGACGAAAAUCCAAAGGACGGCAAAACUCAAAAAGUGCAAACGACGCCCACCCAAGCCACAGGCGAGGCAAUAAGCAAUCCACCGCCCAUUCAAUUGCACUCGAAUCCAAAGGUAUCCUCCUCGGCUGUCAAGGGAAUCCCACCGCCACCGAUUGAAGAAGAAGAAGGAGGAAAUAAUAACGGAAGUGAUGACAUGAUUCCUCCUGCCAUGACAGUCAAUCUGAAAACCAGCAGCUCCAAAAAGGCCACCGCGUCAAAGAGCAAGGCAGAAUCUUCCGCCAAGAAGGAAUCCUCUAGUAGUCUAGUUGAAGAAGUCGAAGAAGAAGAAGAGGCUCUAGAAGAAAUGGAAGAUGCUUCCUCUCAUGGUGGUGGUGGUGGUGCAACCUUCAAUUUGUUGUUGGUCUUGCUAUUGCUUGGUCUCGGUUGUUCGGCUGGAUUUGUACAUCAACGGAUCGUCCAAGACUUACAAUUGCAACUCAAGGGAUACCAACAGGAUUUGCGACACUCGGAAUCUUCCAUUGCAACGCUAGCAGAGGAACGCAACGGGGCAGUGGAACAAGCUGACAAGAUUCGCAGCGAAUUGAUUGAUUUGGCCCAUGAGAUUCGAUACUUUGCGCGUCAACAACUGAAGGCAAAAUUCGGACCAGGACCCAUCUAUCCAGUCGAACUCGAAUUGGAAUUCCCGGGAGCCGACGGCGAGAUUAAUCUCCAGUACAUGACGAUCGAAUUGGAUGGUGAUAAUAUGCCCCACGCCGUCUUGACCUUUAUGAGCCAAGUGGAUUCUGGUCUGUAUCAAAAACGAGGAUUUGGAUUUCAUCACGCGGGAGAUCACAUUAUCUUUGGGUCUCCCAUGGGAGUAGACGGCAAUGGUUACGAGUUUGGCCGAGUCUGGGAGGAUUCUGGUUUCUCUCGGUUGUUGUUCCACGAACAUUCCGAGAUGGUCCCGCACGUUCCUUAUACCAUUGGCUUUAACGGUAGGGGACCCAACCUUUACUUCAACAUGGUGGAUAAUACGGAACCGCACAGGGAUUCACGUGACCCAUGCUUUGGUACCAUCUCGAGGGGGAGAAAUGUUGUAGACUAUAUGCAUACCAUGGCGGGGGCAUUGAAUCCGGGGGACUGGAAGGAACUGGAGAAUGCUGUCAUUAUUCGAUCGGCAACCAUCCUGCGUUCAGCGUAA